AUGCUCUUUAACGCUACAAGGGUAUCGAAUUCGCCUUCUGCUACCUCAACAUCUUCUAAAGCCAAUUCUUCCAGUGUCAACACAGUUUCACUACCCUCCACUUCCAUCGUUGAACCUUCAACAUCACAAUUAGGCGAAGACAGUACAACUGAUGAGUUCACCAGCACAGCACCAACUUCUUCGGAAAUUCUCUCUACAUCACAGUUUGAAGCAACAAGCUCCAGUAUUUAUGGACUUUCAACUACAGAGAUCUCGACAUCUCUUUUACCGACAACUUCAUGGUCUUACGCGUCAACGCUCGCCAAAUCGAGCUCCAUUUCGCUUCCUCCAGAUGAGACUGUUUUCGUUUAUACCCAAAAUUAUGUUUUCACAGCGUCCUCUACGACGUUAUGCGUGGGCCUGCCAUCCAUGGUUGUGAUAUCAACUGGACAACUAUCGACCUAUUCAGCUCCAACAUCUGCUAUUACUACCGAUAUAUCGUACUAUCAACAUUGGCUAGAUGGCUCGUUGGAUUCACAAAACAACUCCUCAUCGGGAGGCAAGCGAAAAACGAUUAUUGGUAGUGUAGUGGGUAGCGUAGGCGGGUUCCUUCUUUGCGCACUACUACUAUGGCUUAUCGUUUUCAAGAGGAGAAAAGAUCGUGGCAAAGGAAGCCAGAGUUUCAGUCAUGAGAUAGGAUGCAGAUUAGAUCAUCCAUCUGACUUGCCAGAAGCAAGUAACACAAUUCGGUCUAUUGACGAUGAGGAUUUUUUAAGAAGUAAAUACAAAUCUUUGGGCAAGAAGAUUCCAUUACUGAGGAAAGGCGAGCAAUCAAGAGGUCUAAAUGACGAUAAUCAUGACGUUACUAAGGAAGGAGAGAAGUCGAAUCCAUUUCAAGAUGAAUUUAACUUUCAAAAGCGCUUACCCGCUCCUCCUCCAGUUCCAACAAGAAAUCCACCCUUACAAUCAUUUUAUUCCUACACGAGCGAUACUAGUUCGUCCUCUGCAGAGUCUGCUAAUGAUUCCUUCUCUAUUCAACUGAAUAGACCUAAUGGGGACAGACGCUCUCAAAGCUUUCUUAAAGAGAUAAUAUGA